AUGUGGUUUGGUUGCAGUGCAUCGCCAGCGGACGAUCCAACGUCAGAAACGCAGACACAGCUGAAUGAGAAGGAUGAGAAAGUAAAGGCACUUGCAAGUACAAUAGCGGAAAUGGAACGAGAACGGGACACGACGCAAGAAGAAAACAAGAAGCUAGGGCUGGAAACCAAGGCGUUGCAGGAGAAGGUGGAUGUGUUUGUCGAGCAAGGUCAACAGAAAGACAAGGAUAUAGAACAUGACAAACGCCUGGCUGAAGAGAAGCGUGUGAGUGAACAGGAGACCAAUGCCAGCGAUCGGUUACAGGCAAUAGAGGGUGCAGUGGCUGCUGCGAAGGAGGCGCUGAGUGCUGAACACGCGAAACACAUGCAGCAAUACACAAGUGAUAAAGAGACGGAGUAUCAGAGCGAGAAGGAGGGCCUACUGAAGCAGAUAGAAGCCCUACGAAGUAUCGUGCAUGAUGGUCAAGCGGACGGCACGACAGAUACAGGGGAUGGGAAUAGGGAGCUAGACACCCAAAUACAGGAGCUUCAAACGGAAUUAGUGAGCAAGGACGAGAAGAUUGCUAAAUUGCUUGCCCAGUCGAAAACGUUAACCACCAAGCUAGUCACACAGGCACGGCUAGAGAAGGCAUUAAAUGCCGAGAUUGCGGCCCUGAACGAACGCAGCACCCACUUCGAUAGCACAGCACAACAUAACAGUGUCAAUGGUGCGUUGGAGAAUGGCGAAGCGAACCAACAACAAGCAAUGGCGGAGGAGACUCAGAGAAGGUUUGACGAAGCUCAGCAGACAUUGGCUCAGAAGAUAGAGGAGAUAGAGACGUUGACAGCGACCAAUAAAAGCCUGGUGGCUGAGAGGGAUGUGUUUGCGGGUAAAGUGAGCAGCCUCGAAAGCGAACGAAUACAGCUGAAAAGCGACAGCGACAAAUGGAAGAGUGAGAAGAGUGCGUCGGAAGCGGAGCUGAGUGCGAUUGGGCAGGAGAGAGACACACUCAAACAAGAUACGGAGCAGGAAAGAGAUACACUCCAGCAGGAAAUAGCAAAGGAGAAGGAUGACCAUGCUAAGGCUCUCGAGGAAUUGGUUCGCGAGAAAGACAGUGUGACGGAAGAACUGGCAGGUAAGGUGAGUGAACUUGAAAGUGAACAGGCACGGUUCAAGCAGGACAGCGACAGAUGGGAGAGUGAGAAGAGUACGUUGGAAACGGAGAUACGUGCGGUUGUGCAGGAACGAGACUCACUCAAACAAGAUACGGAGCACGAGAGAGAUACACUCAAACAAGCUAUUGAGCAAGAAAGAGAUACACUCCAGCGGGACAUGGCAAAGGAGAAGGAUGACCACGCGAAAGCGCUCGAGGAAUUAGUGCGAGAGAGAGAUGCAAUGAAGGAGUCCCACACGACACUCGAGACCCAAAUAGAGGGCACAGCCAAAACGCUCGAACGUGCUAAACGUAUAGAGGAGAAGGUUGGGCAGCUGGAGAGUGACCGAGAGAAGUUAGAGACAGAGGUGUACAACAAAACUACCGAACUGUACGAGCUGACCACCGAGGUAAGGGGCUUGCGAGUACAAUGUGCCGGUAUGGAUGCGUUGAAGACCGAAUUGGCGCAGGCGAAACAGCGGGUGAGCCGGUUGACGACAGAGGUUCAGGAGAAGAGUGAGUUGUACGACAGCUCACACGCACAGCUGAGCAGCGUCAAGGAGACCUUGCACGCCCGCGUCAGGGAGGUGGAAGAACAGGCCACCAUGAACUUGUUGGCACUCGAGAAGGUAGAGGCAGAGCUGGCGGACGAGAAGGCAAAUUCAAAGAGGUUACUGAGAGAGAAGCAGGAGGCAACGAGUUUGCUGAAAGCGACCAAAAGCACUGUGGAGAUCGAGAAGAAAUCGCUCGCGGAUGUGAAGAAGGAAUUGGCGGACAUGAGUGAAGCCCACGCAUCGGCGCUCAAAAGCAAACUCCAACUGACGGAGCAAGUGGAAGCGCGGAAUGCCGAGAUAGACGCACUGGUGCGUGAGAAGCAAGUGCAGGAAAACGACUACAUGGAGAAACUCAAUGCGCUGCGGACAUCAACAAGUGACGAACGCCAAAAGAUGGUGGAAGAGCAUUCCAAACUGUUGCAGGAGAUGGAUCGCUCACGCAAGGCAAUCUCCGAUGAUCUUGCGGAUGCGAGGAGCGAAUAUGCAGUGCUACAGACCGAGCGUGAUGGCUUGGUGGAACGUGUGCGCGUGCUGGAAGCCGAGGCUGCCACGACCGCAGCUGUUGUGGAGGAAAAUUGUGCGGCCAUCGCGCAAGCCAAGGCAGACGCCGAGAGAGCACAGGACGCAUACGAGUCUGAAGUGGCGGUGCUUAGCCAGAAGGUAGACGACAGCCAGAGGAGAAUAGCCGAGCUGAGAGCGACACACGAGGUGGAGUGUGUAUGCGUGGUUAGGUUAGAUUGGCUGUUGGUUACGUUCGUGAUGUUAUUUGACUUAUUCGAGAGGACUCAAUUACCAAUUGAUCUUUACGCAGGCGUUACGGGUAGCCAAAGAGAAGGAUGA